AUGGCUGCGCUAUCGUUCACUCCAGUCGCAUCCGCGACCUCCGUCACAACGCGUUGCCUCCUUCCGCGCGCGUAUGCGCGCCGCGUCCCCCAGGCUUCCGCGCUGUCGUGGACGUCGCAAAGCCCCGCGUUCGUUGCGCUUAACGCUGCGGUGACCGCUCCUCCACCGGGGCGCCAUGGACAUCGGGGGCUGCGAGUCGCGGCUUCUGUUGCUGCAGAGGCGACGACACAAGGGAUGGGCUCGAAUAAGUCGCGUGAAAAGCGCUCGUGGACGUGGCAGCGCGCCAACGGCCAACCGAACAUAGAGAUUAACUACGUAGUCUACCCUACCUCCGGCUCGGACCCCCCCGAGUCGCUCGUCCUCUUCCUGCCGUCCUUUUCCGACGUCAGCACUGUCGACGAAUGGGACCACGUGGCAUCUGACGUGGCAGCGCUAGCGCCGCCCAGCGCCGCGGAGGGAGGGCGCCAGGUGGCGACUCUGGAUUGGCCUGGGUUUGGCGAGUCGGAGCGCCCGGCUCUGGAGUACACGGCGGCUAUUAUGGAGGAUUUUCUGGUGGACUUCGUUAAUCACAUCGGCGCCGGUAGGCGAGUGGUGCUGGUGGGAGCGGGGCACGCGCCCGUGGCAGCACUUAAAGCCGUGGCGGACGGGCGACUCAAGGCGGCAGCGCAGGGGGGUCGCGUGGACGUGCAGGGAGUGGUGGCAGUGGCGCCCACAUGGGCUGGCCCGCUGCCCAUUGUGUUUGGUCAUACCGACAAGAUGCGUCCUCGCUAUGCCAUAUUCCGAUCGCUCGUGCGCUCCCCAGCUCUGGGCUGGGCGCUCUACCGCUUCGCGCUCACCUCGCCGCGCAACAUGCGCCAGCAGUACCUCUCGCACGUCUACGCCGACGCAGACAACGUCACGCCCUCGCUCCUCGACUCCCGCACCUCCAUCACGCGCCGCCCAGGCGCCCGCUUCGCCCCCGCAUCCUUCGUAUCGGGUCUUCUCGACAGCGUGAAGACCCGGGAGGAGUUUGUUGGGAUGUUUGCGCGGGCAGAGGAAGAGGGAGUGCGGGCAUAUGUGGUGGCUAGCAAGGGUUGCCCGAGGCGGAGCAAGGCGGAGAUGCAGGCUGCCAAGGGGGCGGCGGGCGUGGCGGGGUAUGUGGAGGUUGAAGGGGCGUUGUUGCCGCAUGAAGAGUAUCCGAUCCAGACGUUUGAGGCUGUUAAGGGGAUUCUGACGGAGCUGAAGGCUUGA